AUGGCCGCCCUUCUCCGACGGCCAGGCAACAUUGCUCGAAUCUCGAGGAGAGCCACCGAUUGCCUCACCCGCACAGGCCCAGCCUCGUUGCGAGUGCCUCCGGCUCGACUUCCAUCCCUCAUCACCCCAUACCGUAUCCGAACUUAUGCCACCGAUGGCCCCGGCGGCCCGACGCCUCCGGACAACAAGCCGAGCAGCGGGCCAGAGAAUAAUGGUCGCAAAGAUGAAGAUUCGAAAAAGCAGGAGGACCCUAAGUCUGUCUUGAGCGAAGAAGAGCAGAAGCAACUGGAUGCAUUUGUCAAACACAUUGAAGGCCGUCUGCCCCCAUCACAGCAUGAGCAGCUUCAUGAGAUGCGGAAACAGUUCAUGAAGGAAGGUAUGCCAACGGAGGUGAAGAACUUCGUCGACAACCACCGAAACGCAUCGUUGAUGGACUACCUUCGGAUGACAAGAUUCCUAUUCAAAUUUACCAGCCAGCAAGCCGAUAAGCAGGCAAAGAAAGACAUGGAGAAUAUGUUUAACCAGGACAAGUCGACCGAGGAGUGGCAGAGAAAAGCCGAGGAGGCAAAGAAGGAGAACGAAAAGUCGCAGAAGGGCAAAGAGGAGUCUGGCCCGAAAGAUCAAAAGAAGCAGAAGGACAAGCAACAGAUUCCUCCUCCCGGCAGAGUCUUUGAAUUCCGUUUCGAUCCCGCCUCUUUCCUCGUUACCGCUCUUGUCACAUACUACGUCUACCGAUCCUUCUUCCCGGCGAGACCGGAGUUCCGCUCCAAUUACCUCGAUAAGGGUCUUGUGGAGAAGUUGACUGUAUCCAACGGCAGCCGGGUCCGGGUUGACCUCAACCGCGAAGUCGUGGCUCAAGCGCACCCCGAGUCCGGUGGCCAGGCAGUGAGUCACGUUUACUUCACAAUUGGAUCUGUCGACAGUUUUGAGAUGAAGCUAGAGGCUGCUCAAAAUGAGUUGGGCAUUCCACCCCACGAGCGGAUUCCCGUUGCGUAUGUCGACGAAGUUCCUUGGGGUAGUGCUCUGUUGUCCUUCGCUCCUACAUUGCUCCUGAUUGGUGGUAUCUUCUGGGUCUCACGUCGUGCUGGAGGUGCUGCCGGUGGUCAGAGUGGCAUCUUUGGCAUCGGCAAGAGCCGUGCCAAGCGGUUCAAUCACGAGUCUGAUAUCAAGAUCAAGUUCUCUGACGUCGCUGGUAUGGACGAGGCCAAGGUUGAGAUCAUGGAAUUCGUGAGCUUCCUAAAGCAGCCCGAGCGCUUUGAGAAGCUUGGUGCGAAGAUUCCCCGUGGUGCUAUCCUGUCCGGUCCCCCUGGUACCGGUAAGACGUUGCUUGCCAAGGCUACCGCCGGUGAAUCUGGUGUGCCUUUCUUCAGUGUUAGUGGUUCCGAAUUCGUCGAGAUGUUCGUCGGUGUCGGUCCCUCGCGUGUCCGUGACCUGUUCGCCAAUGCUCGCAAGAACACUCCUUGCAUUAUCUUCAUUGACGAAAUCGAUGCCAUCGGUAAAUCCCGUUCCAAGUCGAACUUUGGUGGCGGUAAUGAUGAGCGUGAGAGUACCUUGAACCAGAUCCUCACUGAGAUGGAUGGUUUCAACACUUCCGAGCAGGUCGUCGUUCUGGCUGGUACCAACCGACCUGAUGUGCUUGACAAGGCCCUUAUGCGACCUGGCCGUUUCGACCGACACAUCAGCAUCGACCGCCCUACCAUGGACGGCCGCAAGCAGAUCUUCAACGUUUACCUGAAGAAGAUUGUUACUGAUGAGAAUCUGGAGUUUCUCAAGGGCCGUCUCGCUGCUCUAACCCCCGGUUUCGCCGGUGCUGAUAUUGCCAACUGUGUGAACGAGGCCGCUCUUGUUGCUGCCCGUGAGAACGCUGAGAAGGUUGUGAUGAGGCACUUCGAGCAAGCUAUCGAGAGAGUGGUUGGUGGCCUUGAGAAGAAGUCCCUUGUGCUGUCUCCCGAGGAGAAGCGCACUGUUGCCUACCACGAGGCUGGCCAUGCCAUCUGUGGCUGGUACUUCCAGUGGGCUGACCCGCUUCUCAAGGUCUCUAUCAUCCCUCGUGGACAGGGCGCUCUGGGCUACGCCCAGUAUCUCCCUGCUGGCGGUGACACUUACCUGAUGAACGUCAACCAGAUGAUGGACCGCAUGGCUAUGACCCUGGGUGGGCGAGUUAGUGAGGAGCUUCACUUUGACACCGUAACUAGCGGUGCUAGCGAUGACUUCAACAAGGUUACCCGCAUGGCUACCGCCAUGGUGACCAAGUUCGGAAUGUCGAAGAAGCUCGGCUUCAUCUACUACGAAGAGGACGGUCAGCAACAGAUCCAGAAGCCUUACUCCGAGGACACUGCCCAAAGCAUCGACUUGGAGGUGCGCCGCAUCAUCAACGACGCCUACAAGAAGUGCCGCGACCUUCUCACCGAGAAGAAGAAUGAGGUCGGCAUCGUCGCCGAAGAGCUCCUUUCCAAGGAGGUCCUCAGCCGUGACGACAUGAUCCGACUCUUGGGUCCCCGUCCCUUCCCUGAGUCCGGCGAAUUCUCCAAGUAUUUUGACGGCAGGAAUGGCGAGACCAUUGCCCCGCCUGAGCCUAUGACGAACCCUGAGGAGACCCUGGGCAAGGAUGGUCGGGAUGAAACCCCGAUUCCGUAA